CGACAGAAUAAAUCUACGACUCCGUGUUAGCUGAGGGAACUGUAUCAGAGUUUAAGAUGAGUGUCUGGGUGUUUGUGAUCUUCCUAGGGUGCAGGUUCUCUCUAACCACCCCGAUGCAGAGUAACUGUCCCUGCAAAUGUGAGCUAAAAGCUGUCUGCCCACACGCCCCAGCCACCCUGACGGUCCCAUGUCCAGAGAUGGCUGGCGAGGAUGUGAUCUUCUCGCUUCUCAAGGACGAGCAAGUGAUUUACUACCGUAAGUGCAACUCAACCGGAGACACACUGGACUGUGAGUCAAACCCCAGCGCCGGCGUGGUGCUGCGGGAGGCCAAUGAAUCAGUCAGCUUCAUCCUCUCUGGAGAGACAGCCAGAAACGGUGGACUCUACAGAUGUGAGGGCAUGGUCACCUUCCCGCCUCCCUUCAGGAAGGGUACGAGUGCAGUGAGAAUAUUGGUGCAUGUGGAGGGUCACCAGUGCCAGGACAGCGGUGUUAAAACACAUCUGAGCAAUGAACUCCUCUGGAUUUUGAUCGCUGUGCUCGGGAUUCUUUGUGUCUACAGCAUCACCAUCACCAUCAUUGCUGGCAUCAAAAGGGUAAGAGGAAGAAUAAAAUGUGUUACUAUUCCCCGUUUCAUUCCCUAUCACUGUCACCUGCACACAAAUCACUGUCCACCGAAUGAGAGUCAAAAGCGCUGAGCAUUGAGCUAAAAGCCUCAGCUGUCGACUCGAUGUCCAGCGUGACCUUUAAGGCGCGAGGGAGUGAGGCUUACCAAUGCACUUUUGCGCAGCUGGCAUCCGUUACCAAGGGGGUGCAUUCUACGCAAAUGCGCAAAGGAUGCGGUUCAUAGAGCACCAAGGCAGAUGAUGAUUGACACAUUUCAUUAUUACUCUUGUGUGCUAUCACCCGUGCAUUCAACAAUGUCUGUGACAUAUUUGCAGGCCAGCGCCUGGCAGGUAAAUUUCCAGAAUGACUACAUUAACACAGUCGGCAGCAGAGAGCCUUAAGGAACCCCAGACCUCAGACCUUCUGAGACAUUUCCUUUAGUCAAACACUCUAUAAGUACAACUUCAUGCUAUGAUUGUGUGCUAUGAGGGUUUGUUUCUUUGGAGCAAUUUGUUGUAUUGCAGAAACCGCAGCUGAGAUUGUGGAAAAUAAAAAUAA